AUGUUGAGACAAGCAUUGAAGAGCGUUCCUAGAGUGCAGGUCAGACACGCUUCUGCACUUUCCCAGGCCACCGUUUCCAACAUACAGCUCAGAUGGGACAAGCUUCCAGAAGACGACAGAAAAGAGGUGAUUGAGGCUCUUGCUGAAAGACAGAAACUCCCAUGGAAAGAGCUCACUUCCGAGGAGAAGAAGGCUGCGUUUUUCGUCUCGUUUGGUGAGUGGGGACCAAGAAAGCCUAUCCACUCCGCCGAGGACGUCAGAUACAUUUUCUGGGGUACCGUCAUCGGUGUCGGUAUCACUGCUGCUGGCUUCCUCUACUACAGAUCAAGAAGAUACAUUCCAAAGACCAUGAACAGAGAGUGGCAAGAGCAAUCCGACGAGUACUUGAAAUCGAAGAACGCCAACCCAUUCAGCGGGUACUCUCAAGUGCAGUCCAAAUAA